CCUCUCGCGCGCAGUGAUGCUCGCACCUGUCCCGACCCGCAACAUCAUCAUCAGCAUCAGGAUCAUCAUCAGCAGCGGAUCUCCAUGACGACAGCGCUUCCAGCAUGGUGCAGAAAUCCCGCAACGGCGGCGUGUUCCCCGACGCCCCGCCGGCCGAGAAGAAGCUGAAGGUGGGCUUCGUGGGGCUGGACGCGGGCGCGACGGACUCGAGCCGAGACGGCGCGUUGCUGAUCGCGGGCGCGGACGCGUCGAAGCGCGGCAGUAUCUUGAGCAAACAGAGAUCCAGCAUCUCCGGGAAGAGGCCGCCGAAGCGCAACGCGUUCUACCGACGCCUGCAGAAUUUCCUCUACAAUGUUCUGGAGAGACCGCGCGGAUGGGCGUUCAUUUACCACGCUUACGUGUUUCUGCUGGUCUUCUCCUGUCUGGUGUUGUCUGUGUUCUCCACUAUCAGAGAAUAUGAGAAGAGCUCUGAGGACGCGCUCUACAUCCUGGAAAUCGUAACCAUCGUGGUGUUCGGAGUGGAGUAUAUCGUGAGGAUCUGGUCUGCUGGGUGUUGCUGUCGCUACAGAGGAUGGAGAGGAAGACUCAAAUUCUCACGGAAACCUUUUUGCGUUAUCGACAUCAUGGUUCUGAUCGCCUCCAUCUCGGUUCUGGCCGCUGGAACGCAGGGGAACGUGUUCGCCACCUCCGCCAUCAGGAGUCUCCGGUUCCUGCAGAUUCUGCGGAUGAUCCGCAUGGAUCGCCGUGGAGGAACAUGGAAACUCUUGGGAUCUGUCGUCUAUGCUCACAGCAAGGAGCUGAUCACAGCCUGGUACAUCGGCUUCUUGUGUCUGAUCCUGGCCUCGUUCCUGGUGUACCUCGCGGAGAAGGAGGAUAAUGAGAUGUUCGAGACCUACGCCGAUGCGCUCUGGUGGGGUCUGAUCACUCUGACCACCAUCGGCUACGGAGAUAAAUACCCCAUCACCUGGAACGGCCGUCUCCUGGCCGCCGCCUUCACACUCAUCGGCGUGUCCUUCUUCGCCCUGCCUGCGGGAAUUCUGGGAUCUGGGUUUGCCUUGAAAGUUCAGGAACAGCAUCGGCAGAAACAUUUCGAGAAGCGCAGAAAUCCUGCAGCCGGACUCAUUCAGGCUGCCUGGAGGUUUUACGCCACAAACCUGAAUCGCACGGAUCUCCACUCGACGUGGGACUAUUACGAGAGGACCGUAUCGGUGCCCAUGUACAGACUCAUCCCUCCCCUGAACCAGCUCGACCUCCUGAGAAACCUCAAGAGCAAAUCCGGCCUCUCCUUUAGGAAGGAAGCCGAAGCCUCUCCGAGUCAGAAAGUGAGCCUGAAGGAGCGCGUGUUCUCCAGCCCGAGGAACUCUGCAAGUAAAGGGAAGAACUCUCCUCAGGGCCAGCAGUCGCUCCGACGCUCUCCCAGUGCGAACAGCAUCGAGGACAGCCCGUCCAAAGUUCCCAAGAGCCUCAGCUUCGGCCAGUCCAGUCGGGCCAGGCAAGCCUUCCGCUUUAAAGGGGCCGCGUCCCGCCAGAACUCAGAAGAAGCCAGCCUUCCCGGAGAAGACAUUGUUGAUGACAAUAAGAGCUGCCAUUGUGAGUUUGUCCCUCAGGAUUUAACGCCGGGACUAAAAGUUACCAUCAGGGCCGUGUGCAUCAUGAGGUUCAUGGUGUCCAAGCGCAAGUUUAAAGAGAGUCUUCGUCCGUAUGACGUGAUGGACGUCAUAGAGCAAUAUUCAGCCGGACAUCUCGACAUGUUGGCGAGGAUUAAAAAUCUCCAGUCCAGGUUAGAUAUGAUAUUGGGUCCUCCGGGUCCUUCGGGUCCUCCGGGUCCCAGCACCCCUCGCCAAAAGAAGUGUUCAACCAAAGGAACCAAAGAGUCGCCCCAGUUGUCUUCUAGAGUGGAUCAGAUUGUUGGUCGAGGCGCUCCGAUAACAGACAAGGAUCGUCCUAAAGGAACCACAGAUGGAGAACUGCCGGAGGAUCCCAGCAUGAUGGGACGACUCGGGAAAGUGGAGAAACAGGUGAUGUCAAUGGAGAGAAAGCUGGAUUUCCUGGUGAACAUCUACAUCCAGCGCAUGGGAAUCCCGCAGUCCGAGACGGACGCCUACUUCGCCUCUAAGGAGCCCGACCCGGCGCCUCCGUAUCACAGUCCGGUGGAGCACAUGGAGAAGAGCGGAUCCAUCACCAAAAUCAUCCGGUCCAACAGCUCAGCGGGACAGAAGAACUUCGACCCGCCAACCUCGACAUGCGUCAAUCACCACUGUCCUCCAUCCACGUCCCGGCAUCCACAAACCAUCCCUGAUCCCGGUCCGAUCCCCGAUCCCGGGUCGCUAGUGCGUAUCCCUCCGCCUCCGGCACACGAGCGCUCGUCCACCGGACACAACGGAGGAUCUCGUGCACAUCAUUCCCGCGAAGACGGGCGCCUUUCCCAAGCCGGAGCCGAGAGCGACACGUCCGUAUCAAUCCCUUCGGUGGAUCACGAGGAACUCGAACGCUCCUUCAGCGGAUUCAGCAUCUCGCAGUCCAAAGAAAACCUGGACUUUCUGAACAACGCUUAUUUUAGCGGCGUGCCGCGCUGCGCUAAAGUGAGGCCGUACAUCGCGGAGGGCGAGUCGGACACGGACUCCGAUCUGUGUGUCCCGUCGCCUCAUUCAGCCACCGGAGACGGCGCUUACGAGGACCGAGGCUGGACCGGACCCAAGUGAAACUACUCUGAAAGUCUUUACAAACCAGCGUUAGACUGUAUUUGUGGAAACCUGCGUGUUUAAAAAGCAGUUUCCCUUACAAGCACAACUCCACGAGCGGAAGAAAAGAGAAAAUGACUUCUGGAUGCCGUAUCCA